UUGUCUCUGGCACAUACGACCACAGGGUGUGGAAAAUAGGGCUUCCCGUCCGCUCAGCCGUACUCAAGCCACACGCCGGGAGCGAAUCCCUUCUGUUGUAUGUUUUUUCUUUUCGGUGUCUCUUCGCCAUCUGCUCGAUGAAAUUGCACCUUGACCACAUUCUCCAUCUGACAGGGCCCUAAAUUGCCACUGAGCCACCAUACCCAUAUCUUGCGUUAUGUGCGUAGUCCAUGCCCCAUGGCAUCAAGGCAAUUAAGGCAACAAGGCAACAAACCCGCCUGAGCGCCCUUCGCCCUCCAGCCCUUGCGGUCAUCCUAGACUAUGAUAAAUCUUUCUGUAGUGUAGCUUACACAAACCUCUAUCCAAGUGCAUUUCCACCAUCUCCCACAUCCGCAGCGAAGUCUCUCUUUUCUAUGACUUCAAAAGUUCCAAGUAGGCCAGGUAGAUGUAAUGGAGACGGCGACCCUGUCCCCUCGGACACGGAUAGAUCCCAGGAUCGAGCCGGUGCAUCUGAUCCCACGGAGCAGCGAAGAUCACAAGCAAGUGCCCGGCUGCCCGGUUGCCAGCAAGUUCGACGCGGUCGCAUAGGGCAGGAGAUACCUGCACGGUGGGUGGACUGUGCGAAGCAUGGGGACAUAUGCUUAGUCUUGCCUUCUAUUAUAUCUGAUAUGAAGAAAGAGAAGACGACGCCAAAUGUCCCGACCAGUGACUCGGUGAAUCAUGUAUGCUCACUAGCCUUCGAGCUGUAUGAGGAAUUUGACUGUUGAUGCUCUUGUGGGAAAGCCUAGUCAGUGGUGGUUCCGCACAAUCCCAGAAGUCGGUGGUAUGUGUGGCGUCCGUGCUUGAAAUACGUAGUUUAUCUCAUGUCGAUGAAGAUGUAGAUGGCUGACCUGUGCAGUAAGCAGACACGCCCGUAAGCAAGAUACGGACGAGGCAUAGCCUCGGAGAAAAUGCGCUGAGGCAAGAAACCCUUGAACCCGGGGUCACACGAGUCAGAUGGCAGAGUC